AUGAACAGUUUUCAAAAAAUGAGAAAGAUCAAGUCGUCAAGUGGCAAUAAAUUGCAAAUUCCGAGAAUUGAGGUCCGCCGCUCAUCUUCCCUACAUAACCCGGAGCUUCAUCAAUACCCCAUCGACGACUCGAAGCUCUCCGAGGUAUCUGCAUUAAGCCCCUCGAGCAGCUUCUUCUCAGUGCUCUCAAAUCCUGUGACGACUCCUCAGUCGCCAAGUUUCACCGCAAUGGCCAGAUAUCGAUGCUGUUUCGGAACGUGUCGACUGCGAGUCGGAGCCUGUGUGAUUGGCAUCGCGUGCAUUUUGAUCGCGAUUUUGUCUCUUUGCUCCCUGCUGUCUGUUUCAACAGCAAUGACGUCAGACGCUCAAUCUUUUCUCACUACUCCAAUCGUUCUCUCCUUACUACAAUUUGCCACAUCGAUGAUCAUGAUAGUAGCGGUGCUCACAAGCUUCCAUUGGCUCCUGCUCCCAUUUAUGCUCUCCUGUAUAGCCAACCUCCUGGCGCUUGUCGUUCUCUGCUCGUGGGGUGUGCUGCGACGUCAUGAGCUCUCCAACUCGGUGGUGCCACUGCUUCUAAUUGGUUCCACCGGAAUCGGACUUCUCUACCUAUGGUUUUUAACAAUAAUCUCCAUGACGUUCGUGCUUAUUCGAGAUCGAAAAAUUAUGGGGUACGACGAUGAGUUCAACAUCGAGAAUCGUCAAUUCGACAGAGCCAGCAGUUCAGUCGUCUAGUCAACUGAUAUCAAUACAUAUGUAUAACUAUCACAUUAGAUUCCAAAACGCGUACAUUUUCUCUCAACAUUUAUGGGUUCUCUUUCUUUUAAUAAAUGAUAAUUUU